AGAGAGAGAGAGAGAGAGAAAAGAAACCGAGUUUCAUUCUAUUCUUUUUCACAGUUAAUCUUUCUGAAAUAAUCUGAAGCUUUUAGCCACCUUGUUCAUUACAUUUCGGACAAACGACGAAACGACUGACUUUUUUUUCAUUCUAGUGGCCCGACAACAAUUGAAUUGUCUUUUUUUUUCUUUUUUUACAUUUCACCAUCAUCAUUCAUCAUUUGGACCAAUGAAACAAUACUGAUAUCUAUGAAAUGUGUGUACAAAAGAUGUUGGCAAUUAUUUUGUUUUGAUUUAAUAAUUUCAACUUGUCGAUUAGAGAUAUACUGAAACAGACAUACAUUCAGCUACUUUAAUUAUUAUUAUUAAGGGCGGAUAAAUGUUCAACAUGUUCUACAAUGAAACAAUUCAUUCAUUCUAUCUAUUAAAAAAAUGUUGCCAUUUCAAAGAUCAAUCAAGAUUGAAUUAAAUUAAAUUAUUAUUCGAAAUGAAAAAUAUUUCAAAAAUGCAGCAAAAUUGAUUAUAAUCAGAAGUAUAUUUAUUGAUUUUAAAUUUUCAAUAUGGCGCCAUCUUGUGAUUGUGAUUAUUUAAAACAAAUAACCGAUUAUAUAAAUUGUUGUUGCCCGUUUGGCCAAGUGUACUAUUUGUUGUUUUAUUAAACCCGAACAACCUUUUUAUUAUAUCGGCGAAUAAUUUAAAACAUUGAUAGCUGUCAAGGCUCAAAACAACCACCACUCUCUAUAGAGCUCAACAGUCAUUGCAGCAACACAGACAUACACAUAAAACACACACACGCAUUUCAUCAUCAUGUUUUAUGAGCAUCGUAUAUGACAAGAUUAAAUUAUUGUUUCAAAUUGUUUUACAAUGAAUGUUCCAUCAUUUGAUUCUGCUUACAAUAUAUCUGUGCUCUAAUUUUAUCUUAUACAAAUAUUCAAACAGACCGAUCCCUGACAACGAUAGUUGUAUCUGGGUGAGUAAUAGGAAGUAAAUGUUUGUAUUGUCUACCUACCUCAAACAAUACCCAUCUCGAUCAGUCAAGAAACUGUGUGUUUGUAAUUAUGUGUGUGUCUGUGUGUUUUUGUUGUGAUAUACCGUCGUAGAGAUGUGUUUCAACUCAAAUAAACACAACCACGAUCAAAACAACAAAAGCUCAAUGAUCAUUAUAAUAACGAAAGAAACACAACGACCAUGAUGCCAACACCAACAAUAUCUUUGGCGGCCACUGCAUAUUCGGCUAACAAUAACAAUAACAUGGCCACCACCAACGCGAACAACAACCACGAAAAAAAUAAUCGAAUCAUAACACAAAAUAAUCAUCUUGGUUCGAUGAUAAUAACAAAAUCGAACGGUAAUAAUAAUGACCAUUCCGACCAAAAAUCAGUGAUGGCCCAAUCUUCGAUCGACUCAACAAAUGGUGGUCCACAGAUUAUGAAUAAUGAUCAUCAAUCUCGUUUACGGCGACAUAUGACUGAAGAAAUUAAUGAAGAUUCAAUCUACAACGUAUAUCUGAAAAAGAUAACCUAUACUUUCAAUAAUGUUCUUAAUAAACAACAAAAGUUAAAAAAUGAUAAUUUCAUCACCCGUUGUGAUCAGGUGGAUUAUUCGUCAUCAACUAAAGAACAACAAGAAAUAAAAAAGAAUGGUGGCAAUAAAUGGAAUCAUCAUCAACAACAACAAGAAGAUCAACAGAGUUUACAAUGGGAAACAAGACAAUUACGACAGAUAAAAGCUGCCACUUUGGAACACUUAGUUCAAUACAUUCUACUACAAACUGAAUAUCAACAACAGCAUCAUAAUCAUUCGAAAUCUAGUCAACAUCAUCAUCACAACGAUCAUAGCGAUAGUGAUGAAGAAUCCCAGCUAGAAUCAAGCGAUUUGAUAGAGGAAAGGAAUAACGUUGCCCAUGUAAUGCAUGUAUUAUUCGCAACUUAUCGGCAAUUCUGUUAUCCAUGGCAAUUAUUUACCGAGAUCAUCAGACAAAAACCGUUUGCUAGUUCGAAACAAUUCAAUUUUAUUCUAUUCUAUUGGCUCAACAAUUAUCCCGAAGACUUCUGGACUCCAUGUCAACCAUCGAUGACCAAUCCGAAUACGAAUUACAUAGAUGAUCACACCUGUAGUCCUGAUCAUGGCAAUCAAAUCCAUGAUGAUCAAUCUUCAUUGUGUAGUGAAUACGCAUCUUCGUCAUCAUUGUCAUCGAAUCUCGUUAGCUACACGGCAACAAGUCUAUCAUUGUCAUCCACAUCAAACAAUGUAUCCACCGAUUCAUCCCAAUCAUCAACAUCAUCAUCAUCAUUAUCAAGAUUCUCGCCAUUAACUUUAGCCGAUCAAUUGAUUUCCAUGCGACAUAUCGAUGAAGAGGUGAAAAAACAUUGCCUUCAUUUGCUUGAUAUGAAAAAAGAGAAUACAUUCAAUUCAUCCACACUCAAUCAUCAUCCUUAUUCUUCCAUACAUAAAUCGGUAAAUAAAUCAUCAUCUAUCAUUGAAUUGGACGCCAAAUUCGUAGCUCAGCAAUUGACCGCCAUCGAUCUGGAAAAUUUUUUAGCAUUAAAACCAUAUACAUUAUUGUCAAGUGUAAGAACUAAAACAAAAAUCGAAACAAUGAUUCGCAAUUUUAACCUAUUAUCUCGACAUGUGAUCAUCACUAUCCUGCAACAUUCAACACCUCAUCUCGUCACAGUACAUUGGAUCGAGAUAGCACAACAACUUAGAAAAAUGAGAAAUUUUAAUUCAUUAAAAGCCAUCAUAGCCGGUUUGACUAAUGAAUCCAUAUAUCGAUUGAAAACAACUGUCUGGAAUAGAUUGUCUCGCAAUUCAAUGACAACUUUUCAAAAUAUGUCUUCGAUUGUCGACGAUGUGAAUAAUCAGACUAUGUUGCGUCAUACACAAUUAUUCAUUGAGGGCACAUCCAAAGUCAGUCUCGAAGAUUCAUUCGGUACAGUGCCAUAUCUGGGAACAUUUUUGACCGAUAUAACCAUGAUCAACACACGAUAUGACAAUUAUAUUAAGAUUGAAAAGGGCAAAAAAUUGAUCAAUUUUGAAAAAUGCGCUAAACAAUAUGAAAUUCUUAUGCAAAUGCAUUUAUUACAAAAGAAUGCAAUCGCCGCCCUACAACAACAGCAACAACAAAACUAUCAGCAUCAAAUCUAUAGCCUCAAUCAUUAUCUGUCAUUACGAUCACAAUCGGUACCAUCUAUACCUCGUGUGGCAAGGAUUUUUCGAAAUUGGUUCCAGCUCAACGAAUCCGAUCUACCCAGUGAUCGUGAAUGCUAUCAGAUAUCCCUUGGAAUUGAAAGCCCAGCAACGAAGAAUGGCAAAAAAUGAUCACCAACAGCAAAAAAAAAUGUUAUUAAGAAAAUCACACUUGUCACAAACAAAGUCUAAGUCACACAUAUUAUGUUUUUUUGUAAUCGUUUUUUUUAUUAUUUUC